CAAAUACGUAUUUUACGGACCAUAAGGCGCAUUGGAUUAUAUGUUGCGCUGUCAAUGAUAGCUUUGAUAGGGUUUUUAUUCAUACAUAAGGCGCACGCAUACAUGAGGCAAUAAAAAGCAUCGAUAUUGUAAGAAGUUGAAUACGGCGGUUGGUUUAUGAGACAAUAGUACCGGUACUGGGGUAAGGCAAUAUAGAAUAAGGCACUACCUUAUCCAUAUAUUCGGCGCACUGGCUAAUAGGCGCACUGUCGAUUUUUGAGACUGUUAGUUUCAUAAUCCGGACAAUUUAGUAUUAAGCAACAUGUUAAAAAAAAAUUUAGUUUAGAGAAAUCAAAAUUGACGUUAAUAUUAUAAAAUAGAUGAUGUAUGGCUAGUUUCCAGCAAAGUGACAGCAGACGCUCGUAGAUGUGCACAUUGAAAGCCGGAUUAACAUUUAUCAACAUAGACGUUUGAACAAAAAUCAAUCGGGCACACGUUUGGUUGGACUAUGAGCUUGUCUGAUCUGGUGUAUUGGCUUGAUUUUGUGAUAAGAUUCCUCGAGAAGGCAAACUAAUAAUCAUUAGAAAAAUUGAAGUUAAUCAAGGCUAAAAGAAUCUUCUGAUCUCAGCGACCACAGGGUUAGAACGAACAUUCAAGGGUACUUUUCACAAGUUAUUCGCUUGAUUCGUAGUAGAACUGUAAAUUAGCUUCAUUAUGUCGUUCAGUAGUCAAUUACCAGAUGUGCAACUUUCAGAAAAUUCGUUAUCAGAAUUUAUUUUUCACCGAAUAAAAGAUCUCGGAGAUAAAAUUGCGUUGGUUGACAUUUCAGUCGAUGGAAAGUCGCUAACAUUCAAGCAAGUCUAUGACCAAUCAAGGAACUGUGCUGGGUAUUUACACAAAGCAGGACUUGGCAAAGGAGAUGUGGUUGGCCUUUGUUCUCCCUCUUCACUCGAAUUCCCAGUUGCAAUGUUAGGUGUUCUCGCCUGUGGCGGUGUUGUCACUCCUUGUAACCCUGCAUAUAGCGUGGGAGAAAUAUUACAACAAUUUCAAAUUUCAAAACCCAAGAUGGUGUUUGUACACGAAGACUGCUUGAAUACAAUGAAGGAAGUCAAGAGAAAAAUUGAUUCUUUGGAGAAAAUGUUUAUUAUUGGAGAAAGCAGCGAAUUCAUUACAAUGAGCGAGAUGAUUGGUGACGAAUAUAGUGAAGACUUCCCAAAGCACAUUGCUAUCAACGCUGACGAAGAUGUAGCUAUAUUGCCGUAUUCUAGCGGAACUACAGGACUACCAAAAAGUGUUAUGCUAAGUCACAAGAAUUUGACAUCUUCCUUUUUGAUUUUUCGUGACUUUGUACCACAUGAAACUACAGAUAUUUUGUACACGGACCGUCCAAUGUAUCAUUCAGGUGGAUACAUGGGGUUAAUUGUCUCACUAUCAAGUGGACAAAAGUUGGUUUUUGAAAAAGAGUGUGAUACGAAGACCAUGCUACGUGCGAUUGAAAAAUAUAAGAUCACUUACAUUAUGACGGUACCACCAAUAUUAAUCGAACUAGUUAACGAUGACAACACCGCAAAUUACGAUGUUUCCAGUCUUAAACAAGUAGCAUGUGGAGGGGCAGUUCUUGCUCCGGACAUAUCAAGAAAAAUAGCACAAAAGUUUGAUGUUGACAUGAGACCAGAGUACGGAUUGACAGAAUUUUAUUUCAUUGCCUAUCAUUUUGGAGAUGAAAGUUUAUUUGACGGCGUGGGAAAAAUUGUCCCAAAUACAAAAGUCAAGAUAAUUGAUCAGCUAACGGGAAAGGAACUUUCUGAAAAUAAGACUGGAGAAAUUCUCGCACAAGGGCCUCAGGUCAUGAAAGGAUACAUGGGAAACCCAGAUGCAACAGCACGAACUAUUACAAAAGACGGAUGGAUGCACACAGGUGAUAUCGGAUAUAUUGAUAAUGAUGGGAUAUUGUAUAUAAUUGAUCGCCUGAAAGAAGUCAUCAAGUACAAAAGCAUUCAGGUGUCACCUGCAGAGCUAGAGAGUGUUAUAUUAAAACAUCCCAAAGUCAUGGAUGUAGGAGUUAUUGGAAUUCCUGAUACUUAUGCAGGUGAACUUCCAAAAGCAUUUGUCGUUAAGAAGGUUGAUAAUUUAACAAAAGACGACGUGGAUUCAUUUGUGAAAGGCGAACUGGUUGAUUACAAACAACUGAGAGGUGGAAUUGAGUUUGUUCAGAAGAUUCCAAAAUCAGCCACGGGGAAGAUUCAACGUAACAAAUUGAAAAAGAUGGCCGGAAUUAUAUAAAAUAAACGUGUAAUUGUUGAAGUUUUUAGAUAAUUUUUAUUCAAGAAAAUACGAUGAUAAAAAUAUAAUCUGUUCAUAGUUUCCAGACUGAUUUAAGCUCAUGUUUAUGGCAUUUGAAUUCGAUUGAUUUUGAAAACGGAGAUUCGUUGCGAACACUUGGCCUCAAAUGAUGAUAAUAUGUUUUCGAUAUUUUCAUCAAAUGACGUUGCAAUAAAUACAUAUAAAAAAGUGAA